UGUAAAGUCAGAAUCGAGGAAGCAUUUGCACUUCCGGGGUGUGAGUGUUCAAGUAAAGUUACGUUUACUUUUUCAACAAACAAUGUCGAAGACGGUGAACUCUACAAAGUUCAGGAAAGUCAACAUAGAUGAUUUUGAUCCUGAAAAAUACGCAGAUGACACAGAAGAAGGCGAAGAACAAGGACCAAGCGAGGCAGAAGUGAACACCUUGUUGACUCAGGGGAAAAAUGAACAGGCUCUGGAUGUGAUAUUACGCAAUGCUCCAGUUGCUUCCAAAAGCCAAGCAGUAAAGGACAGAGCAGUAAAUCUAGCAAUUAGAGUGCUGACCACAUUUAAGGCGGCAGAAAUAGAUGGAGCAGUAAAAAAACUUGACACUCAGAUGUUGGAUGUUUUAAUGAAAUACGUGUACAGAGGAUUUGAAUUUCCUUCGGAAGGUAGCAGUGCAUCACUUUUGACAUGGCAUGAAAAGGUGUUUGAUGUAGGUGGAUCAGGCUGUAUAGUGCGUGUCCUGACUGAUCGGAAACACGUGUGAAAGUAGAGACGUAUCUGAAGGCUGGAAGAUCUUUUUAUGACUUUAGACUAACUUGAAUGAUUAACAAGAUAACUUUUAUGUACUCGAAAUGUUAAGUGAAUGUCUUUUCACAUUUUGGCUAAUGUGCUUUGUUAAAUCAGCUUUAAUGCAGCAUUAAAACUAUUUUUAAACAAGGCAUAAAAGAAAACAUCCUGCAUCUCUUUUUCUAAAUUUUUCAUGUUGUUUUGAUUGAAAACUGGUUUGUCUAUGGAGAAAAAUGUUGUCAUGUAUAUCCUUUUUGUUUAUAAAAAGUACAAAUGUAAAAAACACGUAUUAAAACUAACAUUUAUUAUCCAUAUUCCCUCUGUCUCUGCAGAAUUGCGUCAGUUCUUGCAUAUGUAUGUAUUAUUAAACAUAUUGUGUAACACUGCAAGAAAUGGUCCAGAAACUGCUGGCAAACCACAGUCAUUCCAUGGCAGAUUGAAUAUUUCAAUCAACAUCUAUUUGUUUGAUUGUUGAAAACGUUUUGUAUUUUUAUGCAAUACACAUGUACUAUGUUCUUACAUUUUAUAUAGUCAUAUAUAUUAAAUCUAUGGGAAAUGUU